GAGAGAACCUUCACCAACUUUCUCCUGAACCUGAAGGCUUAUAUAAUUCUACUAAGUCUGAAAAGAAAAAUGCAGACAAUAGAGUGUGAGAGAGAUUGAGUUUGAGGUUUUGCAUUUUAUUACAAUUUUAGUUAGCUCUCUAAUUUGAGAGAAUAAAGUUAAAGCUAGUUAGCAAAAAGAAAAGGAUUUGGUUUUCUGAUGGAAAUCGAGAAUGAUAACAGCUUCACACAACAGACUGCAAGGCCAAAAUAUGAUUGUCUUCUAUUUGAUUUAGAUGAUACUUUGUAUCCUCUCAAUUCUGGUCUUGCACUUGCAAUUCAUCAAAACAUCAAGGAUUACAUGGUGGAGAAACUCGGCAUAGAACCAAGUAAAACUGAUGAAAUGACCAAUCUUCUUUACAGUAACUAUGGAACUACUCUUGCUGGUUUAAGGGCAAUUGGAUAUGACUUUGAUUAUGAAGAAUAUUACAGUUUUGUUCAUGGAAAAUUGCCGUAUGAAAACUUAAAGCCAGAUCCAGUUCUGAGGAAUCUCCUACUGAGUCUUCCUUAUAGGAAGCUUAUUUUUACAAACUCAGACAAAGUCCAUACGAUUAAGGCACUGGAAAGACUUGGAUUGGAAGAUUGUUUUGAAGGAAUCAUAUGCUUUGAGACUCUCAAUCCCAUCCACAGAGGUACUGUGUAUGAUGAUGAAGAGAACAAAGGUUCAAUGGCAACUGAUCCAACACCAAAAACAGCUCUAAAAUGCUCAGAAAUCUUUGACAUCAUUCAACAUUUUGCUGAACCUGAUCCCACUGCAGAGCUUCCAAGCACACCAGUUAUCUGCAAACCAUCAGAACAUGCCAUUGAAUUGGCUCUCAAGAAAGCCAACAUUAACCCAAAAAGAACAUUGUUCUUCGAGGAUAGUGUCCGCAACAUACAAGCUGGAAAACGAGUGGGUCUUCACACUGUGCUGGUUGGUAAAUCCCAGAGAGUUAAAGGUGCUGACUAUGUCAUGCAGAGCAUUCACAACCUUAGGGAGACAGUACCUCAAUUAUGGGAAACUGAAAUAACAGCACAAGUUAUUGCAUCUCCUGGGACUCAGAAGCUUGCAGUGGAAACAACACUUAUAGUUUGAGACAUGCAAGAAUGACAGUUUCUAUUAUCAUCAAUAAAUUUAAGGAUCAAUUACAAUUUUUAGUUCUGACUUUUGAGAUAAAUUUAGUUUUGGUUUUCUAAAUCUUUAAAAUAUUAUUUUAGUCUCUCAAAUUUGAAAAAUAAUUUCUGUAGUCUUUUAGUAAUAAAUGAAGGAAUCAAAAGAUUUUUGUUAAACUAGUUUUUAUCCUUACAUUUCAGAGAUUUCAAAAGCUUUUUUUUUAAUUUGAGAGAUUAAAAUUAGUUUUUUUUAUUUGAAAACCAAAGUUAGAUUCAUCUUAAAUUUAUGGGGUUAAAAAUUUAGUUAAAUCUGCGUUAGUUUCCCUUGUUCUGUUUUUAAUGGUUACGGUACUUGAUAAUUGGUUAAGUUUGGUCAUUUGUUUUCUUUUAAUAAAAGCAUUAUCAUCUGUUCUUGCAA